ACUAAUAGGAAGCGCCUAGGCGGGACAUGGCCAUUGCAAGUUAGCCAUUGCUGUGUGUCGUGGCUGUGUUAGUAAUACGCAAAAGUGGCGAAGAAAAUAUUUAUUACGGUCAUUCGAAUUAACAGGACGAAUUUUCCGACUUCAGAGUAUAACAGUCGUCUCUACAUAUAGAUAGGAGAUUGACCCGGUCUGGAUAUGUCCUUCAUAUUUGAUUGGAUUUAUAGUGGUUUUAGUAAUGUACUGCAGUUUCUUGGACUGUAUAAAAAAUCUGGUAAACUAGUAUUUCUUGGUCUGGACAAUGCUGGCAAGACCACACUACUGCAUAUGCUUAAAGAUGAUCGACUGGGGCAACAUGUGCCAACAUUACAUCCAACUUCAGAAGAGUUGACGAUUGCUGGUAUGACCUUUACCACCUUUGACCUUGGUGGACAUGCACAGGCUCGAAGAGUGUGGAAAAACUACCUUCCUGCAAUCAAUGGCAUUGUCUUUCUUGUUGAUUGUGUGGACCACCCAAGACUGGCUGAAUCCAAAACAGAACUUGAUGCACUACUGACAGAUGAAACUAUUGGAAAUGUGCCUAUCUUGAUUCUUGGUAAUAAGAUUGAUAAGCCAGAGGCCAUAAGUGAGGAGAAACUACGUGAGAAGUUUGGACUGUAUGGUCAGACAACUGGCAAGGGUAAUAUUCCCCUGAAAGAGCUGAAUACCAGACCACUAGAAGUGUUCAUGUGCAGUGUGCUAAAGAGAGAGGGAUAUGGGGAAGGCUUCCGCUGGCUUUCACAAUACAUCGAUUAGAGGCCUUUCUACAAGGAGCUGCACCAGGAACUGCCUAACCAAAUUCAAACUUAUGUUCAGUUCUUUUUCAGCCUGCUAUCACUCUCCAAAAGAAAACAGCAGUAGUCACUCAGUACAACCUAAUUUAAAUAAACAUUAUCAGUGUCUCCAUUUGCAAGCCAAAUAGAUGACUUUGUUUUGUUUUUUGUUUGUUUGAUUUUUUAUUUUUUUUUUAAUUCUGGAUGUGUGAAAUCUGUAACUUGUGGAAUGAAAACAAAUAAUUUGAAUGUUAUUGGCACCACUUUGUUUAAGAAACUGUUUGAGAUGUUUAAUAAUAUGUUUGCAACCAUUGGGACAUUUUUAGUUUUAAUAGGAUACAUCUUUGGGAUUUUGUGAGAAAAUCGUUGCUUUCAAGAUUUUGCAUAAUUGCAGAAUUAUACAAAAAAAAAUGGGGCUGCCAAUACCCUUAAAAUUAUUUGCUUUCAUACCACACACAGUCAUUUUGAAUGGUGUGGCUUUUUUAUUUAACAAAACAAAAAAUAAAAUCUUGUAAUCUCUUGUA